CCAGGUGUCAGGAUAUCUGACUGGUUUUAUCAUAACAGCAGGAGAGCCUAUAUAGGAAUUCUACAAGUGUGACGAGGCAGUCUACGAAGCAAAACAAGUGGUCGUAACUUGAGCGCCAGACAGGGUAGACACCUGACGUGUGUGACCAGUAAGUGGCAGCUUUCCCUGACGCACGAUGGAGUACGUGAGAAUUAAUACCGGGCAAAAUCCACAUGAGUGCAAGCUGUGUGAUGCGCCCUUCUCCUGUCUGAAUAGUUUGAAGAUACAUAUAAAAAGUCACACGGGAGAGAAACCGUAUAAGUGCGCGGUAUGUGAUGCUACCUUCUCAAAAUCGGGUGAUCUGAAGAAACACAUGAGAACUCACACGGGAGAAAAACCGUAUAAGUGUGAUCUGUGUGAUGUUGCCUUCAUACAAUCGGGUGACCUGAAGAAACACACAAGAACACACACGGGAGAGAAACCGUUUAAGUGUGAUCGGUGUGAUGCUACCUUCUCACGAGUGAGUAGUGUGAAGAUACACAUAAGAACUCACACGGGAGAGAAACCAUAUAAGUGUGAAGUAUGUGAUGCCGCUUUCUCAGAUUCGAGUAAUGUAAAGAGUCACAUGAGAACUCACACGGGAGAGAAACGACAUAAAUGCAAUCUCUGUAAUGCUGCCUUCUCAGAAUCGAGUGUUUUGAAGAUACACAUGAGAGCUCACACGGGAGAGAAACCAUAUAAGUGCGAUCUGUGUGAUGCUGCCUUCUCAACAUCGGGUAAUCUGAAGACACACAUCAGAACUCACACGGGAGAAAAACCAUAUAAGUGCGCACUGUGUGAUGCUACCUUCUCACAUUCGUGUGCGUUGACGAUACACACGAGAACUCAUACGGGAGAAAAACCGUAUAAGUGCGAUCUGUGUGAUGCUGCCUUCUCCUCUCUGCAUCAUAUGAAGAUACACAUAAGAACUCACACUGGAGAGAAACCAUAUAAGUGCGCGUUGUGUGAUGCUGCCUUCUCACAAUUGGGUUCUGUGAAGAAACACAUGAUCACUCACACGAGAGAGAAACCACAUAUACACAUGAGAACUCACACUCAAGAGAAACCGUAUAAGUGCAAGCUAUGUGAUGCUGCCUUCUCACAAUCGUGUAAUCUGAAGACACACAUGAUCACUCACACGGGAAAGAAACCAUAUAAGUGUGAUCUGUGUGAUGCUACCUGCUCGCGAUCGGAUAAUCUGAGGCGACACAUGAGAACUCACACGGGAGAAAAAACGAAAAAGAAAAAAGCAAAAGAAAAUAUUAUUUCAAUGUAACAUUGGAAGUGAAGC